AUGCCCGAUCAAUUGAUUGAUGGAAGACAGUCACGUGUCGGGGCACUCACUGGCAGGAGUGUACCUCGUGUCUCGACCCCGAGACCAUGGGAAUCCGGACUAAUAAUGGUGAAACCUUACUUAGGUAAUACAAAGCGCUCCGGCUUCACCGUAUACUGUAGAUACACUGUAGAUAAAUGGGUUACUCCAAAAGAUUUCGUACUAUAUAUAUGGGUAAAUUUACGAGCGGGCAAGAUGAAGCGAAUCCGUGUUCUAUCGGUGACGGCGAGCGAGUACUGACGACCCAUCUUGCCCUCGCGGGAUUUCCCACUUUAGUCCCGCAAAAGAGGCCUCUUUUUGGCCACAUCAGUAUCAAAUCCUUUGUUAACUAAGUUCGUUCGGUCAAUACGGCUGGAUAUUGGCCUUAAUCUCUUUUUGCGUGCCUAUUGACCUUAGUCAAUAACCAACCAUUUGACCUCACGCUUGACACGCUUGGUUAAAAAUGCAAAUCCUCAACUUCGUUCCCAGUGUUCUCUCCUACUCGUCCCUCUCUCUCGCUCCGUACGGACGAGUUGGCCGCACCCAAACAGAGCAAUUGACUGCGCCUCACAGAAAACCCGAUUCCAAAGCUUACACAUAAACCCGGAGAAAUACUUAAGUGUGCACCUAGCUACUCAGAAGUUAACUAACAUACACUUUUCCUGUACACUCAGCAUCGCAAAUAAUACCAAUCACAGGAAGGUACUGUUCAUUCGCUACUUUAGAUCAAUAGAAACGAAAGGGGAACUGGAGCCGAAAUUCGUCCCGAAAUUGUUUCUGGGAUCGCUACCGGACAGCUGUUAGGUAAUGUUUUCCCAGAAGUCUUUGCGUAAGUUGGCUCCAACCAGAUUCCUUUUUGUUUCUAAAGCGGCGAAUUGAAUGGCCACACUUUAGGAUCCGAUUUCAUUCACAGACUCUUAAGAACCACCUUGUACAGCAAAGAGCCAUCUUGGCCUAUAAUUCUUUGACAUAUUUUAUUUCAGUUGCAGAUAAUGACAUUCAAGAAGAACCUGAGCUUGUCUGCAAACAUGGAAUACCCUUAAACGGAGCGAUCGGAGAUUCCCACAAAGUGAAUUGCGUGAAAUGUGAAAGACCAUUUUCCAGAGGAGGACGGGCAUUAGCGGGGAUGCUCGCUUUUCGACGAGCUGAAACAAAACGACGAAAGAGUAAGAGGAUUUUAAACACGACAAGGCUUUCUGAAGAGCAAGAGAAACGGAAAAGAAUGGAGGGGGAAUAUGAUAACGCUCUUCGCCGAUUUGCUGAAAAGCAUCCAAGCAAUUGA